UGUUGUCUCCCGACAGUACCCUGGGCGCAGGUCGGUCAAUGCCUGGAGAGUGACCAGCCCACCGGGGGUCCCCGGGAGGUGGGACAGAGGCUGCGCCCGCAGAGGGAGGGGUUCGGAACGAGCCCGGACACCAGGAACGCCGUCCCCUCGGGAGGUCGCGGGCCUCCCUCAGCGGCGGCCAUUUUGCCAAGGCUGGAUUGGGCCGAGACGGGUGACCCCAAAGCCCUCCGGCAGGGCGGAGGGGGGAGGGGGCCGGGCUCGGAGACCCCCCAGCCGGAGGGCGCCCCCCUGUGCAACGGAGAGAUCGCCCCCGGGGUGGGGACGGAGGGCAACACGAGCGACGCGGGGCUGGCCCCGGGCCACGCCUCCCGGAAGGUUCUGGAAGAGAGGCGGGGCCGACCCAAAAUGGAGGACACAGGCCCACGGACGCCAUUGCUGGUGGGCGGUCCCGGUGCCCUCCCCCCAUUGGUCAACGGGGAGCUCUGGUUGGAUGAGGCGCUCGACGGGGAGCCAAUAGGACCUGCCACCACGGUCCGGGCGCAAGGGCUGCUGGGAUUGACCUCCGACCUCCCGCCUGAGGCCAAGGAGGGGGCCGGAGAGAUGGAAUGGGGGAGCGGCCUUCCGGAAGAGGGAGGAGAGGCCAGGAUGGGGGAGGGGCCCUGGAUGGAGGAGGAGAGGGGUCACCAUGACGACUGGGCUGGCCCUCUGGAGGGGGGGAGCUACAUGCCAGUGGAGGGGCCCGUGAUUACUGGGGUGCCCCUUUACCCCCAGGAGGGGCGAGAGGGAAGGGGAGCGAGGUGGGAGGCAGCGGGAGAGGAAGUACCGGGGCACCGGGGGGCGCCACCGCUGGGGGGGUCGGAAAUUCGGGACUUGCAACCGGACGAGGGAGGAGAGGGGGGCACUGCCAAUGACCUCGGGAGGGGGCGAGGGACGGGAGUCACUGAACCCCAGCUCACCAGGGUCGGGGCAGGGCAGGGGCCUGAGGUGGACGAAGAGAGGGCAGCCAUCUUGGAUCGGUCACCCCUCGCUGGCGACUGGGAAACCCCGAGGCCUGCAAGGGAGGCGUCUGUCGGGUGGGGGCCAGGAGCAGGAGGGGGUGUUGCCGAGGAGGGUGUGAGGGGACUGGAGCCCGGCACAGGAGGAUCCCGCGGCCAGGAGGCAGAGGGAGAUGAGGGCGAGUCGAGAGACGGUCAGCCAGAGGCGGGAGCCCAGGCCUGUGGGGACGCUGAGGGGGCGAGGAUGGGGUCCCGCCCCGAGCUGGGGGAGCAGGAGGGCGAAGACGGAGGCCAGAGGGGGCAGCACUGGGCCCCGGAGCCAGCCCGGGGAAGGGUGCCGGCGUCUGAGGGAGAGGGGAGCGCGAUCCGGGCGGGAGACGCCCUUCCUGGGAACGCUAGCCAGGCGGCCGAGGGGAGCCCUCCGGAGCACGACGAUCCCAGGCAGCUGGAGUUCGAGGAGCGACUCGGGGAAGGUCGGAGGUCGCAGGGCGGCGGGAGGGAGGUCCCGGAGGCCGGCGACCACGAAGGUGGCCAGACGAAGACAGGGAGACCCCCGGCAGAGACGGACGAGGGGAGGGAGUUAUCCGUCUCCGGGGAAGAAUGGGAGAAGGGGUGCGCGAGUCCCGCGGGAUCCGGGACCAGCCUUCCCAGAAACGCGGAAUCUCCCCCCGACCGGGCCUCCGAAUCCGAGGGAAGGCGGGAGACGGCGGCAGAGCGGGAUGCUCCACCUUCCGAUCGGGAAGACCAGGAGCCCGGAGUAUCGCCAACGCCUGGCUCCCUGAGCAACGGCAGCUGGUCCAGAGGGACACGAGGGCCAACAGGCAGAAUCCCGGACGCAGGCGAGGAAUAUCGGCUCCCGGAAACUCAAAGGAUCGCGAGCCGAUCCUCAGCCAAGCCGCCCGAAGAUCUGCCAGACGAGAUUCUCUCCAAAGCUGUGGAGGCAAGCCAAGGAGUUUCUCUCCAUGAAGAUUUAGUCCCCCAGGAAGACAAUGUUUCAGGGCAGACCAUGGAUACCCAGAGUGAGAUGUCUGAAGGAGUUUCUCUUCAUGAAGAUUCAGGCCCUGGGGAAGACAGAGCUUCAGAACAGAGCGUGGACGCUAAAGGUGAGAUCUCUGAAGGCGUUUCUCUCCGUGAAGAUUUAGUCUCUGAGGAAGACAAUGUUUCAGGGCAGAGUCUGGACACUGAAGAUAGAACGCGUGAAGGAGUUUCUCUCCGUGAAGAUUUAGUCUCUCAGGAAGACAAUGUUUCAGGGCAGAGUCUGGACACCCAGAGUGAGAUGUCUGAAGGAGUUGUUCUUCAUGAAGACUCAAGCCCUGGGGAAGACAGAGCUUCAGAACAGAGCGUGGAGACUAAAGGUGAGAUCUCUGAAGGAGUUUCUCUCCAUGAAGAUUUAGUCUCCGAGGAAGACACAGUUUCAGGGCAGAGUGCGGAGACUGAAGAGAGAACGCGUGAAGGAGUUUCUGUCCAUGAACUUUUAGUCUCUGAGGAAGACAGAGCUUCAGAACAGAGCGUGGAGACUAAAGGUGAGAUCUCUGAAGGAGUUUCUCUCCGUGAAGAUUUAGUCUCUGAGGAAGACAAUGUUUCAGGGCAGAGCACAGACACCCAGAGUGAGAUGUGUGAAGGGGUUUCUCUCUGUGAAGAUUUAGUCUCUCAGGAAGACAAUGUUUCAGAGCAGACCAUGGACACCCAGGAUGAGAUGUCUGAAGGAGUUUCUCUCCGUGAAGAUUCAGGCUCUGAGGAAACCAAAGCUCCUGAACAGAGCCAGGACCACAAAGAGACAAUUUACGAAGGAGUUUCACUCUUUGAAGAUUUAAUCUACAAGGAAGACAAUGAGUCAGGACAGACCAUGGACACCCAGGGUGAGAUCUCUGAAGGGGUUUCUCUCCAUGAAGAUUUAGUCUCCGAGGAAGACACAGUUUCAGGGCAGAGUGCGGAGACUGAAGAGAGAACACAUGAAGGAGUUUCUGUCCAUGAAGAUUCAGGUCCUGGGGAAGACAGAGCCCCAGAACAGAGCGAGGACCCCAAAGAGGAGACACACAAAGGAGUUUCUCUCCAUGAACUUUUAGUCUCUGAGGAAGACAGAGCUUCAGAACAGAGCGUGGACACUAAAGGUGAGAUCUCUGAAGGAGUUUCUCUCCGUGAAGAUUUCGUCUCUGAGGAAGACAAUGUUUCAGGGCAGAGCACAGACACCCAGAGUGAGAUGUGUGAAGGGGUUUCUCUCCAUGAAGAUUUAGUCUCUCAGGAAGACAAUGUUUCAGGGCAGAGUCUGGACACUGAAGAGAGAACGCGUGAAGGAGUUUCUCUCCACGAAGAUUUAGUCUCUGAGAAAGACAAUGUUUCAGGACAGAGUGCGGACACCCAGGGUGAGAUGUCUGAAGGAGUUUCUCUCUGUGUAGAAUCAGGUCCUGGGGAAGACAGAGCUUCAGAACAGAGUGAGGAGACUAAAGGUGAGAUCUCUGAAGGCGUUUCUCUCCGUGAAGUUUUAGUCUCUGAGGAAGACACAGUUUCAGGACAGAGUGCGGACAAUGAAGAGAGAACGCGUGAAGGAGUUUCUCUCUGUGAAGAUUUAGUCUCUCAGGAAGACAAUGUUUCAGAGCAGACCAUGGACACCCAGGAUGAGAUGUCUGAAGGAGUUUCUCUCCGUGAAGAUUCAGGUCCUGAGGAAACCAAAGCUCCUGAACAGAGCCAGGACCACAAAGAGACAAUUUACGAAGGAGUUUCUCUCUGUGAAGAUUUAGUCUCUCAGGAAGACAAUGAGUCAGGACAGACCAUGGACACCCAGGGUGAGAUGUCUGAAGGGGUUUCUCUCCAUGAAGAUUUAGUCUCCGAGGAAGACACAGUUUCAGGACAGAGUGCGGAGACUGAAGAGAGAACACAUGAAGGAGUUUCUGUCCAUGAAGAUUUAGUCUCUGAGGAAGACAGAGCUUCAGAACAGAGCGUGGAGACUAAAGAUAGAACGCGUGAAGGAGUUUCUCUCCGGGAAGAUUUAGUCCCCCAGGAAGACAUGGUGUCAGAACAAAGUGAGGACCCCAAAGAGACAAUUUGCAAAGGAGUUUCUCUCCAUGAAGUUUUACUUUCCCAGGAAGACAAUGUUUCAGGGCAGAGUGUGGACACCCAGGGUGAGGUGUCUGAAGGAGUUGAUCUUCAUGAAGAUUUAGUCUCUGAGGAAGACAUGGUUUCAGGGCAGAGUGUGGACACCAAAGAGCAGAUCUCUGAAGGAGUUGUUCUUCAUGAAGAUUUAGUCUCUGAGGAAGACAUGGUUUCAGGACAGAGUCUGGACACCGAAGAGCAGAUCUCUGAAGGAGUUGUUCUUCAUGAAGAUUUAGCCUCUGAGGAAGACAAUGUUUCAGGGCAGAGCACAGACUCCCAGGGUGAGGUGUCUGAAGGAGUUUCUCUCCGUGAAGAUUCAGGCCCUGAGGACGACAGAGCUCCAGAACAGAGCCAGGACCCCAAAGAGACAAUUUGUGAAGGAGUUUCUCUCCGUGAAGAUUUAGUUUCCCAGGAAGACAAUGUUUCAGGGCAGGCCAUGGACACCCAGGGUGAGAUGUCUGAAGGAGUUUCUCUUCAUGAAGACUCAAGCCCUGGGGAAGACAGAGCUUCAGAACAGAGCAUGGAGACUAAAGGUGAGAUCUCUGAAGGCGUUUCUCUCCGUGAAGAUUUAGUCUCCGAUAAAGACACAGUUUCAGGGCAGAGUGCGGACACUGAAGAGAGAAUCUGUGAAGGAGUUUCCCUCCAUGAAGAUUCAAUCUCUGGGCAAGACAGAGCUUCAGAACAGAGCGAGGAUGCCAAAGAGAAAACAUGUGAAGGAGUUUCUCUCCAUGAAGAUUUAGUCUCCGAGGAAGACAGAGUUUCAGGGCAGACCAUGGACACCCAGGGUGAGAUGUCUGAAGGAGUUUCUCUUCAUGAAGACUCAAGCCCUGGGGAAGACAGAGCUUCAGAACAGACUGAGGAGACUAAAGGUGAGAUCUCUGAAGGCGUUUCUCUCCAUGAAGAUUCAGGCUCUGAGGAAGACAAUGUUUCAGGACAGACCAUGGACACCCAGGGUGAGAUGUCUGAAGGAGUAUCUCUCUGUGUAGAAUCAGGUCCUGGGGAAGACAGAGCUUCAGAACAGAGCGUGGAGACUAAAGGUGAGAUCUCUGAAGGCGUUUCUCUCCGUGAAGAUUUAGUCUCCGAGGAAGACACAGUUUCAGGACAGAAUCUGGACACCCAGAGUGCGAUGUCUGAAGGAGUUGUUCUUCAUGAAGAUUUAGUCUCUGAGGAAGACACGGUUUCAGGGCAGAGUUUGGACACCGAAAAGCAGAUCUCUGAAGGAGUUGUUCUUCAUGAAGAGUUGGUUUCUGAGGAAGACACAGUUUCAGGGCAGAGUCUGGACACUCAGGGUGAGAUGUGUGAAGGCGUUUCUCUCCGUGAAGAUUUAAUCUCUGAGGAAGAUGUGACGGUAAGGUGGGGUAUGAAGGCUGAAGGUGAUUCUCUCGGGAGACAGUGGGUGAGCACAACAGGAGGGGGUGAGGAUGACCCCUCUGUCACCCAAGCGGGAGGUCACGGCAUCGAUCUCCCAACAGGAGUGGACCAGGACAUGCCCGGAGAGAGCGAUCCCUCCCGGAGCCCGGGAGAGAAUCCAGAGACAAACGGGGAAGCUGGAGCGCCGGAGGACCGGGGACCUCUCGACGAAGCGACGGGCCCGCCCGAGGCUCUGGAAGAGGGGGACCCAUCCCCGGCCGGGCACGUCCAACACAACCGGCCGCGGGAGGCCGGAGGGACGCAGCAGGGGCUGGGAGGACCCGGGGAGUGUCAGGCUGCCCCGGGGGCAGAGGCCAACGGUGGGACCUCCGAGGCGUGGGGCCCCCGGGAGGAGGCAGGAAGCAACAACAGCCCCCUCCCGCCAGGCACUCCCCCCAGAAGCCUUCGGCGGGAGCGCGGGGUUGGCCAGGACGCCCCCUGCUGGGCCGGAGGCUACGGGAGCGAGCACAGAGACGGCGAGGGGCUGCUGGGCGCCGCGGGGAGGGAGCUGGACGCCAUGGAGAGGGAGCUGGGCGCCAUGGAGAGGGAGCUGGGCGCCAUGGACACCUCCCAGCGCAUCUACGCCGCGGGCCAAGACCGGGGCAGCGGCGAUGGCGGCAAGGCCUGGAAGGGUCGCCGUGACGACGCACCGAGCCCCGCCUCGCAGGAACCCGACGGGGACCCGGCCAACGGAGACAGGCCAUUGGCCGAGUCGCUGGGUACCGCCUACCAGUACUGGUCUUCGGAGGACGAGUAGG